GCAAUUUUCUGUCGAACUAUAGUACAUUUAUACUUCUAUUGUCCAUGUCGUGGUUCCGUAGAAUAUCAGAACAAUUAUAGUAGAUAUCGGGAGACUGUUGAGGUGAAUGUUUAUGACAUAUCAAUUGUACGAAAUUGUGUAAUGUUUGCAAUAUUUGUCCUCCUGGUGCUCACUUUACCAGGAGUAGCUGGUGAGGAUGAGGGAGUUUGUCAGGUACGGUAUCUUGAUACCCCCAUUGCUGCAAAAGACGGAGACUUCAUCAUCGGAGGAAUGUUCCAGAUAGGCCAGCUCGAGUACACAGACGAUGAUGACGGCACUAAAAUCCCAGUUCAAAGUUGUUCUUACUCUGGGAUUGAGGAAUAUGGCAUCCAGAAGGCCAUCGCCCUUAGGAUGGUAAUAGACAAAGAAAAUGAAAGAUUUAAAAAGGAUUUCAACAAGACCCUGGGAUACGAGAUGUAUGACACUUGCAUGAGUUCAGCUGUCACAGGAAGAAUCUCUGCUGCACUUGCUAGCAACAAGAAGGUCAUAGGAGUUUCUGGAGUCGACAAUAAAGAAUACACCAAAAGAUCUGCUGCUAUCAUGUCAUCAUUCCACAUUCCCACAUUCGUGUAUAUGUUCAAUGAUGAUGAGUUGAUGACAGGUAGCAUGUAUCCAAAUCUAUUUUCCAUGAUAGACACGGAAGUCAAAGAAGCAGAAAUAACUAUUCGAUUCUUAGAAAAGAUGGGUUAUCAAUAUAUGGACAUUUGGUAUCACGAAUAUUCUAAAGAUAUGGCCGAGCACAUAUUCAACAGCUACGUCAAAAAGGUAGGAUGUGGACGAAUAACUGAUGUCACAUCCAAAGAUCACAUUCCAAGGAUAAAACAAACCUACAAUGAAACUGGCGGGACCCCUUCGCGGGUUCAACUUAUUCUUCAAAAUUCUAGAUCAACAACCAGAGCAAUGCUAAAAGAGAUGGUCGGAAAUCUAGGAUUCCGAGAUAAGAUCUACAUACUCGGAUUAUCAAACGGACGAUACCGUUUCCUAGAUGGCUAUACAGCAAUCCUAAAUACCUCUGGACACAACACCCUCAUACUUCCACUACCAGAUCUCCUCAAUGUCAAAAUGGACCAAACGUUAAAAGAUGUAAACAAAGAUUGGAGACAGGUUAAAAAGAGAGACUAUAUCGACGACCUCUAUCAGAAGGUACAAAGUUACAGAUGUCCAAAAGAUGGAGAUGAGCCAAAGAUGUGCAAACUGACCAGCUGGAUUCCUUACAUGGUCGGAGGAGUUAAGUUGGUUUUAGAAUCUCUUCAUGCCAUUCUUACAAAUAUGGUAGUACCUGUUUUACCUGGUGGAACUCGAUGUUUAAUGGACUACAAAACAAAGCUGUUCAACCAAAUCGUGAAUGAGAAUCGAACGUUGAAUGUUACUCUGGAAGAAAAUGUAACAAUACCCAUCAGGAUGUUCAACAAGACAGUCAACACUGGCUACAGGAUUGGGGUCUACAAAACUGAGACACAGACUUUCAGGACUCUAGGAAGGGCAUUCGUUGACCGAAUAGAAGUGAUGAACGAAAGUCUUCUGGAAAGCAUGUCAGGCUACAACAAAACGUGUUCGUAUACCUGCCAGCCAGGCACCCAUCGACGUUUUAAUCGGAAUAUCCAAUAUCUUCCCUGCUGUUGGACAUGUGAAGAUUGCAAUCUUCACCAAUACAGCACCGAAAAUGACACAAAUGUUUGCAAAGUAUGUGAUCCCUCCAUGUCAGCUAAUGAGAAUAACACUGCUUGUGUCUUGGCCCCAGAAAUCUACAUUCAGCCGAAUUCACCAACCUUUAUCGUGGGAGCUUCAAGCAUGCCGCUUGGUAUGGCAAUGGUAAUUGUCUUCGGUGUUGUAAUCUUUAGAAAUGAGGAUAGGCCAGUUAUCAAAGCUUCUGACCCCGGCUAUCUCUAUAUGGUUCUAUUAAGCUUGCUGAUCGGGUAUCCUACGGCUUUGACUCCUCUUCUUAAAGCCUCGACCACAACUUGCUCAGCGGAGUACUACUCAUUUGCAAUUUUUGCUACCUUGAUAUCUACCAACUUGCUUUAUAAAUGUGUUAAGGUUUACGACAUUUUUGCUGCUGCUCAAAGUUUUUCGGCGCCAAAGUUCGGUCUGCUCCUCAAAAGAACAGGCCAGACCGCCUUUAACUUGCUCACCCUGGCGAUAACAGUGAUCAUCCUUCUCAUUGACAGCAACACCGGAAGUGGACCCAGCUGGGCCUUUGAAAGGUACCAGAAAGAGCCUCACAAAUCCUGGCACCUAAGGUGUACCAGCAUCAAUAGCAAGACCCUGGUAAUCCCAAUCGUUUUGCCUGGUCUAUCGUUUCUCGUUACUUUGGUCCUGGCAUUCAAGAUGAGGAAGUUUCCUCACAACUUCAGAGAGUCCCUCAACAUAUUUUGUGCCACAUUUGUGGUGUUGUUGUGCUCCAUCAUGUUCCUGGCAGGAUACGGUUUUUCUCCUCCAAAAAUUCAAGCUAUCCUGCGUGCCAUAGUGGUCUCUAUCACCUCAACAGCCUUCCUCUUGAGCAUCUUCAUACCAAAGAUUUGCAUCCUUAUGGACAAGAACAUAAACGUCGAAGAGGAAAGAACAAAGAUUCGUGAUGGAGUAACAAAGUUUUCAUCCGGGAAUGGUCCUAGUCUGUCAAGCGUUGCAAGGCAAGUCAUCAAAAAACAUCCUGUAUAAGAUAAAAAGAAGGUUCUGUUCUAUAAGGCGAACGUGGACAUUGAAAGAUUGAACUUGAAAAAACACUGUUGUAAGAAAAUUGUUUUAUAAUUAGGCAAUGAUGAUGUAACUAGGUAAGACUGAGCUAAUAGUCGACUGUUAGCUCGGUCUCACCUAUACAGCUAUUAGCUCGGUCUCAUUUUGAUCUAGUUGAAUCUUCAUGACAGUUAGAGUUUAUACAUUUUCAACAUCUUGAAGCAUAAUAAAGCUUUAACUUUUGUUUUUCAAAUGCAAUAAUGAAGCCCCGGCCGUAAGUAGUCAUGUUUGACAACGUAAUAGAUCUACUACAAUAAAGACAGAGCGGAGUCUGGUAUUGGUAAAGGUUUGGUGAACACCUCAUAAACUUAUUCUUUUGCACUGAAGAUUUAUUUUGAAUUUAUCACUCCCAGUGUCAUGUGUCAACCGUACUUUUUUGUGAAUUCAGCUGGUAAUUUGCUCUUCUUCUUCAUAUUAUAUAAUAAUAUAUAUAUCCCUUUCAUAUCAUAGUUAUUACAUGUUGAUUUUUUUUUCUUCAUUGUCUUACCCUGAUUAAUAACUAUAACGAUUCUUCAUG